GGGAGGCCCAAGAUCGAAAUCGCGGUUGAGGACGAUGAUAUCCCUCCUGAAGCUUCAGUGGAUACGCGUAGCAUGUAUGAACGCUUUCGUCCAUACCGGAUGCUGUCAGUCUCCGAUCUUGUUGGCCCAGCCUGGUGUGAACUACAAUUCGAAUAUGGCUUGUUGCAAAAGCGCUGGAAGCGUUUGGAGCACAGGCCGGCGUCAUUCGUCUCUCGGAAUGGAAAAGACAUGUCUGUCAAGAAAGAUGUAGCUGCUGUCAAUAACAGAGUACAGAAAAGGGGAACGUUUGUACACAAAAAAUUGGAGCGGGAGCUGGAACCGAAGAAAAUUCCUGUCCAAGUUACUACUGACGAAGAACAUUGGGGAUUACGAAUUGUCAAUAUGUUGUCAUCGAUACACUCUCUGCUCGCUCAAGGACGUGCACGAGAAAUGCCUGUCUUUGGUUUUGUUCAAGGACAAAUUGUUACCGGGAUAAUUGAUGAACUAAUCAGAGAAAAUUCUGGGUCUUCAGACAGUCCAAAGCGUCUUCGAAGUCCUGCGUCGACCCCGCGCAAAUACAAGAAGCGACGUCAAGUGCUCAAGCCAAGUGAAAAGCCAAGUCCUAUAACAGAUUUCGCCUCUACAUCUGGCUACAAAUUCAUAGAUUUAACCUACCCAGCAACUCAUCGCUGCUAUCAGCACACCCUACGUUUGAUAGACACCAAGACACGACGCAGCGAAUAUUUGCCCUCAGACGAAGAUGCACUUGCUUCACGUCUACAACUCAUGCUAUACCAUCAAUUAUUAUCCCCACUGAUAGCACCUGAAACCCCCUUUGACUUCACAAGACUGUGGAACCAGAUGAAUGUCGAUCCAACGCUGCCAUUUUCUGAAAGAUUCCUCACUCAAGCAGGAGCAGGAAGCUUACGGGGAACUUCCCACCCGGCAUUUACUUGCCUUGACGAUCUGACUACUCUGUGGAGGAACGUCACUUUGGAAUUAGAUAUCCCUGGCAUUGAUCCGUGUCUUCAGUUAAUUUAUCUUCGCCAGCAACCAUUGAAACCCAAA